GGUUCCGAAGAAGAUAAGUAUAAAGCAGCUAGGAAUAUUUUGAAGCAAACGCCUCUUGUCGCCAGCACAUGUCAUUAUGUGCCUCGAGACGUGCUAUUUUCCUGGAGAAAGUUCGAUUACUGUAUCAUUGAUGAAGCAUCUAUGGUGUUGGAGCCGGUCCCGCUGUCUGCUGAAGCUGCUGCCAGUCGCUUUGUUCUUGUCGGCGAUGCGCAUCAGUUGUCACCUCUCGUCCAAAACAGAAAAUGCUCCACGAUCGCAAAGCUAAGCAGCAAUUUAUUCUAUGGAAGCCGCCUUGUGUGCGCCAAUGAGAAAGUCGCUCAGGCAUGCCUUGCAAAAUCUGCGGACUUCAAGACCUCGAGUCGCGACGGUGUGUUACAAGCAUACCAUUCUAAUCAUAGCGACUUCACAAGUCCAUCGUCAAGCAGUAAAAGAGGCGUACGCGAUAGCCGGCCAAAUUAUCGCGCACCAUCAGGCCAGGCUCAAAUAAAUAAGAACGAGCGGUCAUCAAUGCGAGCCGAAGGGGGACAGCGGCGAAAUGUUGGUAAUCGGCGAAGAAACGAUUCUAUUAACAGCACUCAAAGCGAAUGCCUACCGCAGACAUCGGAUAGACUCCACAUUGACACGAAUGUUGAGACGAGAAGUGUCGCCGGUGAUGCAGUAUAG